GGAGCGUUCUGGGGCACAGGCUACGCUGCUUAUGCAUUCACAUCAACCCCUGGCUAUUUCAUCCACACGUGGAAUCUCUACAACAAGGACCUUGUACGUCCUCUAUACCUUAUACUCGUUUACGGCUGCUGCUACUCAGUUGUCCUCCCACUCCUGAAAACGGCCAUCCUUCUCGACUGGUGUCGACUCUUUGUUCCUGCAAGCCCGACUCGGAGCGGUUUUUGGUGGACCUGUAUGGUUCUUAUUGUGAUACAGUGCAUCUGGGGGUUCGUUUGUGUUCUUCUUUUGAACCUACAGUGCGUCCCGCAUAGGGCCAUUUGGGAGUUCUAUCUUCCGAGUAAAUGCUUUGAGCUAUCCAAGAUCAUGCUCACAUCGGCCACUAUCCAACUUCUAAUCGACCUGUCUAUGGUAUUGCUACCACAAAAGACAAUUUGGGGCUUGCAUAUCAAUUGGCAGAAGAAGCUGGGCGUUUCGGUUAUAUUCGGCGUCGGUCUACUUGCUUCAGUUGCGGCCUGUUUCCGUCUGGCCUAUACGGUGAACUACUCCCAAAACCCUGACAAGAUGUACUUUAUAAGCACCCUCAUGUUUUGGACCUUCGCGGAGAUGACGUGCGGGUUCUUCAUUCUCAGCGUGCCCUGCAUCCCUCGCGUGAUCGCCGAAUCGGGGCUGCCCCGUAGGGUUAAGAUGGCGCUGGGCAUCAGCUUACAGUCAUCUGGCCCCUCAAACUGCGAAUCCAACAUCAGGCCCCGUUCCAAGUCCCACAAGAUGUCCAAGUCCACGACGGCUUCAAACAUGUUCUAUAAGAUGAAGGAAGUCGGGAUUCCCAUGUCUGACUUGAACAGGCCCGAAUCACAGGAACAGCUACGGGAUGGUAAUAACGUGGUCAUGGUGACGCGCACAACACACGUCGCCAUCACCCCUAGCUCGCAGUCCGAUGACGAGACCAGAGGCAAAGUCACUUCUUGGACUGCGUGA